AUGGCAUCACAACCUAUGUCUCUCCGAGACCGUCAGGUCGCUUCUCUUCAGAAGAUACUCAACCUAAACCACGAGCCGCACCCCGCGGAGGAUGCCGCCCAUGACGCUUCGGCGCAAGGCCUCAUCUCGACCCCUAUACUCAACGAGGAUGGCGACCCGAUCUGGAAGGUUUUGGUGUUUGACAAUCUGGGGCGGGAUGUUAUCAGCAGUGUGCUACGGGUCAAUGAUCUCAGAGCUUGGGGAGUAACCAUCCAUCUGAGCAUCAACUCUACCCGAUACCCUAUUCCCGAUGUUCCAGUUGUCUACCUCGUCGAGCCCACCGCUUCCAAUAUCCAGAUGAUUGCGGGUGAUCUCCAGCGCGGCCUUUACUCCCCCGCCUACGUCAAUUUCCUAUCCUCCGUUCCCCGACCUCUCCUCGAAGACUUCGCAACUCAAAUAGCAACAACUGGAACCGCCGAACAUAUCGCUCAGGUCUAUGAUCAGUAUCUGAACUUUAUUGUCGCCGAACCGGAUCUGUUCAGCCUUGGUCUAGGAAACGACGCCUACUGGAGGAUCAACAGCGCAAAGACGAGCGAUGCCGACCUCGACGAAAUCGUCGAUAGGAUUGUCAGCGGGCUCUUCAGUGUCAGCGUUACAAUGGGUGCCAUACCGAUCAUCCGUUGUCCCAAAGGAGGUGCGGCCGAGCUCAUCGCGACAAAGCUAGACCGCAAACUACGCGAUCAUAUUCUCAACUCCAAAGACAACUUGUUCUCAACCAACAAGAAGUCCACUCCCGGUGUCCCUUCAGCGCGGCCGGUCCUGAUUAUCGUUGACCGCAACGUCGAUCUAGUCCCGAUGCUCUCCCACUCUUGGACCUACCAAUCACUAGUACAAGAUGUUCUCCAAAUGCGGCUCAACCGUAUCACGGUAGAAUCGCCUCUAGACGAAUCAAACCCUGCCGGUGGUGUCACAAAGAAGGCCUAUGACCUUGGCAGUAAUGACUUUUUCUGGAAGCGUAACGCCGGUGCUCCGUUCCCCCACGUGGCAGAAGAUAUCGACGCCGAAUUAACACGGUAUAAGGAGGAUGCGACUGAAAUCACAAGAAAGACGGGAGCCUCCUCGAUUGAAGACCUUCAAGCCGACACCAGCGCCUCCGCGCAGCAUCUCAAAGCCGCCAUCACCCUCCUGCCCGAACUGCGGGAACGGAAAUCAAUUCUGGACAUGCAUAUGAACAUUGCAACCGCUCUUCUCAAGGGCAUCAAAGACCGCCAACUCGAUAACUUCUUUGAGCUCGAGGAGAACAUCACCAAACAAUCCAAAGCUCAAAUCCUAGAAUUGAUCAACGACCCUAAUAAGGGUGCAAACCCCACAGACAAACUCCGCAUAUUCCUCAUCUGGUUCCUGAGCACCGAAACCGAACUCUCCCGCGCCGACAUCACCCAGUUCGAAGAAGCCCUUACCCGAACAGGCGUCCAAGACGUCACCCCCAUCGCCUAUGUCAAGCAGGUCCGCGAACUCACCCGCAUGACCAUGAUGACCACGGCCACCGCCGCGCCGCAGCAGCAAUCCUCCGAUCUCUUCCGCGGCUUCUCUUCCCUUUCCAACCGUCUCACAGACCGCAUCACCUCCGGCGCCUUAGGCGCAAAUUUUGACUCCCUCAUCUCCGGCGUCAAGAACUUCCUCCCCGCCAACAAAGACCUCACGCUCACCAAGAUAACUGAGUCAAUCAUGGAUCCUGCCUCGGCAUCGAGCUCUGCUAUCGCAAAAACAGAAAACUAUCUCUACUUCGACCCUAGGAGCACCAACGCCCGCGGAACCAUCCCCCCGGCGUCGGCGGCCCGUAAUGCCCAGCAAGGCUCCUUAUCGAGCGGUCCCGGUACGGGGGCUAGCUUUGGCCAGCGUCGUCAAGCGUUUAAUGAAGCCAUUGUCUUUACUGUUGGCGGUGGCAGCAUGGAUGAGUACGGCAACUUGCAAGACUGGGUGCAGCGCACAAGUGGGCAGCAGGGCCACGAGGGGGCAACUAGCUCCCGCGUUGGGAACGAAUCACUCGGCGGUCCAAGGCGGAGAAUCGUCUACGGCAGUACGGACUUGAUGAAUGCCAAUGAGUUCCUGACUGAGUCACUGGCGAAAUUGGGAAGGGAGGGUUAG